AUGACCCAAAAAUCGAUAUUUCUGCUGAUUCUUUUUCUAUUUUUCCUAAUAAACCAAUUUUUCUGCUUUGAUGAUCCCUUAGAAUCGGAUUUUAAUCCAUGCAACAUUGAUGAUUCCACAUGUAUGCCACUGGAAGAUUUUGAUCAAAACUGCACUUGUAUUCUUCUCCCGGACCAGAAAUUAUACAAUGUUUCCGAUGAUGUUUAUCUAUUCAUGACUGGCUAUCCCAUCCAUAUGUCUUAUAUCUCUCAGACUCCAAUCGCCGAAUUAUUCCGUAAAAAGCUAUCAAUUCGAAUCCCCAAAGCUCACUAUUACGAUUCGUCGGAGCCCGACAGGAAUAUUUAUAGAAAUUUGAAAAUUUCUGAAAAAAUGGCUCUUUUUGAGGUUUCCACCGACAAAAGUGCCAUCAUUUUGCAAUAUUUGAUAGAGAAUCAGUUCUUGCGCACCGAAGCUAUUACGAAAGCCAACAAUCGCUGGUGCUUGGAGGGAGAGUGCAAUGCGUUCUUGUAUGAAUCCGGUACAGUAAACAAGAGUUUAGCUAAAUUAUUGUUUCUAGCAUUUUUUCAGACAUUUUUGGUGCUGAAAAUCAAUAAAUUUGCGCUAGAAAACACCAAAAAUUCAAAAUUUUUCAAAAAAAAUGGGCAAGUGCGCUCUAAUGAGAAAAAUCGAAAAAUUUUGGAUAAAUUUUCGGGCUUAUUUUUUUUUGAAAAUAUAAAAAAAUUCGAAAAAAAAUAUUUUUUAAAAAUUCAAAAUUUUCGAUUUUUUAAAAGAAUCUACUCCCACUCCGCCGAUCUCCUUCAAAUUAUCGAAUACCGUAGUCGAUCGAUUUUUGCGGUUUCCAGUGUCCAUGCAGAGUUUAGUGUCCCCGUGGUCCAACGCCUUCAAUGUGAGCAUAAAUGCAAAGUUUUCUACUGGAACGAGCGGGAAAUGUGCAUGAAACAAUUGGAGUUCGAUUUGGUGUCCGUGACGUCGGAUUUGAAGCGGAAUUUCGACUUUUUCGUGCAGUCAUCGGCGAUUCAGAAUUUUCGAAUGAAAUAUCGGAAAUUUAUUUGA